AGAGUCCGCUGGCGGGGCAGUUGUCGUGCUGGACUCGCUGUGUGUUGAACGCUCUGGUUUUCAUUUCGAAUGCGUGGGAUCAGCUCUAUAUAGACUUGACUCGUCCGAUACCAAAUAAAGCCACUAAUUGCCAUACUUCGAGUAUUCAAUUCAUUACUACUCUUUGCGAUCAGUCUGCUCGGAGUCCCAGCCUCAGGAUGUGGUGGCUACUUCUUUUGCUGUCCCUAAUUGCGCCGUCGUGGCAGGAGAAUGCCACAGUGAUCACUCCUAGUUAUGUGACCAAGGCGGGCUGUGAGGCACUGGUCAAGGAGCCAAAUCUAUGCGAGUGCCAGGAGCAGGAGAUCAAGUGCGAAAACCUUCAACUUCACAGUGACAAUGUGCAGCUGUACGGCAUUAGCUGCAGCAUAUUCGAUGCCAGGGGAUUCGGCUAUAUACCGCCUCUUAAAGUGGGCAAUAUCGGUUCACUUAUCGUUCAAAACUGUGCCAUUCCAAAUGCACAAAGCAUCAAGUACUUGCUCAGUAAGCUGGGUGUUAGCAACUACACCGAACUGGAGAUAUUCAACUAUUUCGAUCCCAAGAAAACUGAUCGAGGAGAGGUCCUGCAGCAGCACUACACGGACCACGAGAGUCUCAAGAAAGUAUCCAUCAUUGGAUUCAAGUCUACGCUGCCUGAGAAUUUCUUGGAAAACCUUCCCGCGCUUCAACAGCUCUCCUUAAAGGGCAGCAGUGACUUGCCCGGAAACAUAUUACAUCCUUUAAAAAACCUAACCCAUCUGGAAAUUGUUGUCAAGAAUUUAGGCAAAGUGUCGGGCGCAAUAUUUGCCAAGCAAUCGAAGCUCAAGCAUCUGAUGAUCGACUGCGAUGCCAAGAACAGCAGUGUCGAAAUGUCCGCCUUUGGACCUCAGGAACUCUGGCACAUGACCGAGCUUCAGUCCAUCGAGCUCUUCAACUGUGGUGACAAUGUGCCAACCGAGCUGUUCUGGAUGUCGGAGCAGUUGGCAUACAUUGGAAUAAGAAGUAACAUUAGCUACUUGAGCAAGGACUUCCUCAAGGUGCAAAAGAAGCUGCUUACUCUGAGAUUGGAAAGGAACAAUAUCGCCAGGCUGCCCGAUCAGCUGUUCAGGAACACUCCUUUGAUUCUGGAGAUUCACUUGGCGUUCAAUAACUUGGAUCGCAUUCAGAGCGGCCUCUUUGACAAGUUAAAGAACCUGCAGGUGCUUAACUUGGAGCACAACCCGAUAACCACCAUUGCCCUGAAUGCCUUCACCCCCAUACCAACUGCCCACAUCUACGUGGGCAAGCUCUUCAAGGCGGCGAAAAAUAAUGCGGACUGGGCCCGAUCCACGAAUGCCACAAUCUGCGAGGAGGAGUAUAUCUACGGGGUGUGCAUCUACUGCAAGCGAGAUGAGUAUCUGGACCACUUUGCCGACUCGGAGAACUGCAACAAGCCGAAUCCGAAGGCGAAGGAUGUGCUGGCCAAGAAGGCCUACGAGAAUCAGCUGAAGGCGAUGCCCACGCACUCCUGGAAAAGGGCCAAAGAAUCUCGCUUUCAACGCCGCCGACUCAAUGAUAAGGAAAGAAAGUUGGAGGAGGUUGGUGAGAAGUCAACAGAACGUUGUUAUAUAUAAAUCAUGAAGAAAAACAAUUUAUCUUUUGAUUUGUAGCCGAGGGUUGGGUUGCGUCGAAAAUGAAAGAAAACUUUUCCAGGCAGCAACAUGUCAAAUGUAAUAAGGCCUAAUGUUGUCUUCCCUUUAUUUCCCUUCCAUUUUUCGAGGGCUGGAAUGGAUUGUAAGUGAAAGUCAGAUGAGGAAUAUCAAGUGAAUUAUGCGGGUUGCGAGGGGAAAGCGAAAAACAUUUCAGAUUGCUAUCAUUUAAGUUACAAAAAAUCCAGUAACCGACAGAAGCAACAGGAAUACAAAAAACUCAUGAAGAAUGUUUCAGUGUUAUGCAAAUAAUAUCUGUCAUUUUGUGUUGUUGAUCUAACAUGUUACGUUGUAUAGGGGAGCGGGGGUCCCACAGAGCCAACAUCUCAUAAAUGUCAAGGAUAUCACAUGUUGAACUCUGUGGGUCGCCAGCGAUGAGAGUUGAUUGAACAGCAAUCAAAUGUAAAUUUCUGUGAAUAGAGAAAGGAGUUCUUGGGGUGGCGUAAAUUCCUCUAAGCGUUCUAAAUGGGUGCUUAAAAUAAUUCAAUCCAAAGAAAAGCAAGGGAACGCGUAACUAGAUGCAGAUCAGAUAAAAGCUGAAUGAAAUCAUAAUGUAGCAUACUAUUAAAUAAAUGAAUCAGGAGUUUUUGAGAGCAAAACAUUUUUAAAGUAAAAUAUAUUAAAAUCUACAUUUGUUCUAUAGUAAAAGCUGUAGUUCGUCGUUUAAGUACUAUCCGCAACUCCUUAUCAGUUGUCACCCAGUUUAAGGACCUAAUGGGUGGCAUUUUGGAAUCCGCUUCUCCUACUACGUUUCUUAUUUUUCUGAUGCGCUUUAAUGCAGCCCAUAACUCAUGGCCUCACUUACUCAGUCAGUCGUGGACUGGCUUCUAAUCUCAAUUUGCUGUUUGAGUUGCCACUAAUAAAACGCACGACGAACUGACAUUGGAAUCGAACCACUGACCACUUUGGACGCCACCGAACACCACCAUCCAUCCACAUCGGCGCUCCACAUGCAUUUGUGCUGCCCUCGAUACUCGGAUUGGAUUUGAGUCUCCUUAUGGUUGUCCUCCUGCAGGCUUUCUGUGAUUCCGAUAGACAUAAUUUGUCGGGCAUGAGGUGACACUGACAUACAAAAGGACCGAAACAGAGGACGAUUGACCUUUCAGGGAUGGGAAUUCUUAAGAUACAGAUUCAGAGUUUCACCUAAUAUAAUUAAGUUCAAAUACUUGAGUUUAAUAAUUUUUUUACCCACAAAAGGCAAAUUAGAUUGGGAAUACAUAAAUUAAAACACAAUUUAAAAAUUUAAUUUUAACAUUUUCUAGUGCGUUGAUCUUUAAACCUAACUCCAAACUGAUACCAACAAAAGCCUCUGAAAGUACACCAGGCAAUAGUACUACUCCAAUCUUUUGAAAACUCCGCUCCAGAGGAGACACAAGACUCAAAAACACAGCUCACACGCAGUGGCGCCUCAAAGGGGAUAAUUUUCGGCUAUUAUUUCACCAUUAAAGAUAUAAAAAAGUAUAGAUCCGUGGUUGUGUAGCCCCUGUUGUGUUUAGAUUCCAACCCCCUAGAAGUAUCCAAGGGCUCCACCUCUGCCCACUACUGACCAGCGACAACAACUGGCCAUCCACUUGGCCCCAGAUUGCGACUGGCUCUCCACAAAUGCAGCUUUUGUAGUACUCGUAUCUGGCGGAUACAUUUCAAAGCAAUGCCAACUGGACUGCGUUUAUCGCCUGGUAGCCCGGCAAAGGCCCAGACUCAGACUCCGAGAGACCAAGGGGCCAGAAAACAAACAGAGAAAAAAGAGUGAGGGCCCCAUGCGAAAUUUAUGGCCAUCAACGUUCAGUUUGAAGCGGGAUCCCGAAAAACCUGGACUGUGGACUGCGGACUCCAAUGCCGCGCAGUCGACUAGCUCCAGUGGCUGGGUUGGCAUUUGUAAUGCCUAAAUGCUUUGGCGAAUUGAUUUUUGGUGUAAACGAUGUGCAAUUUUAAUGGAUUGUGCUGCCAGAUAAGCCAAAGGAGGAGCCUCGGAAUCGAAGAGUGGGGAGUGUGGAGUGGAGAAUACUCCACAUAUAAAUGCACAGAGUGAGGGACCCCAACUCCGGGAACUCCAGGACCAUUCGAUGGCAGUCGUGGCUUGUCGUGUGUCGUUUAAUUGAAUUUGUUUUGAUUAGUUGCUCGAUGUGUGUGCGGUCAUUUUGCCAAUGCAGCUUAAAGUGUUCGCCGCUGGAGUUUUAAACUCACAAAACAAGGGCAAGCCCAAAGGAAAGAAAAGGUGAGGAAAGGAAAGGAACCAGAAAAACCUUUGGGCCUUCAAGGCAUCCAGCUAAAUUGACAUUGUUCAUAGUCAUAACAUGACGGAAAAAUGUCAAUUUAAAUAUUUGCAAAUAUUUUAACAAGGCAUGUGCUGCCGGGGCCAGCAGCGCUAAUUUCGCAUGUGCGAAAUAAAAAUUGUGCACAUUUUUUGCGCCAAAAAACCCAAAGAGAUCCCAAAAAAGGUGCAACAACUUUUUAAUUAAUUAAGGCAAUGAUAACGAAAGCGCCGGGGGUGCAAAGAAAAUAUUAUGCAAAAAUUGUGAGCCAAGAGAAUGCGAACAAUUUUUGGCUUGAAAAAGGUGAGCAUUACUGCGGCAUUAAACAUGUUUUACAAGUUUUGAACGUUGUUAAAAAUGUUUUACGAUAUUUUGAAUCAACACAACAUCACUUUUUAACCUAUAUGUUAUACACAAUUGAUAUCUAUAGA